AUGAAGGCCGCCGUUGUCUUGUCAUUUGUUGCCGCCGCCAUGGCUGGUCUUAUCAAUGAGCGAACCAACGGGUGCAACGCCGACAACUGCGCUCGUGCCGUCACCGGAACCCGUCCCGGCCUCCUGCCCAUUACCUCUCGCCAGUCCGACUGCUCCAGCUUCAUGCAGGCCACCGUCACUCCCAAGGCUAGCACCACGACCAUCACCAUCACCGUCGACCCCGAGGUGACUCCCAAGGCCAAGCGCGUCGCUGCCAACGCCGCUCCCGUGACCGUCACCCCUACUGCCAUUCCCAACUAUGCCGACCCCUGCGACGUUGCUCAUUACUCAUCUGCCUGCUCUUGCUGGGGCAUCCACGGCACCACUGUCACCGCUGCUACUCCUACCGCGACCGAGAUUGUCACUGUCACGCAGUCUUACUGCGAGCUGUGA